AGUGACAGUUCAUUUAACUCUACCACUACCACUAGCUGCUGCAGCUCACAGACACAUCACACCAUUCCCUCUUUCUCCUUUUAAAUUACAGAAAGGCAACAGCAAAAGAUUUCAUUACUCUAUUUUGGUUUUAUCCUUUCUUCUUCUCUUUUUUCUGUCUCUCACUCACUACAGGAGAAGAAGAUUAAAGGUAGAACAGAAUAUACCUUUAAUGGCGCCGUGAGUUUGUUUCAGCAGAUCUCUCCUCCCAUUAUUUCUUCACAGAGAACGAAGAGAUUAAAUAGAACCUGAAAAAGUGAGAUUGAGAGAGAGGUUGGACUGAAAUCAAGAAAGAGAUGAGGCAAACAAAGAUACUCUGUUCUUUGGUCUUCUCAUUGUUCUUAUUUGUUACAUUUGUUUACGGUGAAGAUCCUUAUCGAUUCUUCACAUGGAAGGUCACAUUUGGUGAUAUCUAUCCUCUUGGUAUUAAACAACGGGGUAUCUUGAUAAAUGGGCAAUUUCCUGGUCCAAGAAUCGAGUGUGUGACAAAUGACAACCUGAUUAUUAGUGUUCAUAAUGAGCUCAAUGAACCUUUCCUCCUCUCCUGGAACGGUAUACAGCACAGAAGAAACUCAUGGCAGGAUGGGCUUUCAGGUACUAAUUGUCCCAUUCCACCAGGAAAAAACUUCACUUAUGUUCUCCAAGUGAAGGAUCAAAUUGGUAGCUUCUUCUACUUCCCAUCACUUGCUAUGCACAAGGCUGCAGGAGGUUUUGGUGGUAUUGCCAUCUGGAGUCGCCCAAGAAUUCCUGUUCCUUUUCCUCCUCCUGCUGGUGAUUUUACUUUACUGGCAGGUGAUUGGUUCAAGAGAAAUCACACUUAUUUGAGGGCUAUUUUGAAUAGAGGACACAAAUUUCCUGCUCCUGAUGGACUCCUCAUCAAUGGUCGUGGAUGGAAUGGUUACACCGUCACAGUUGAUCAAGGGAAGACAUACCGGUUAAGGAUAUCGAAUGUGGGGCUCACCACAUCCAUCAACUUCAGAAUCCAAGGGCACAAAAUGAAAUUAGUUGAGGUGGAAGGAUCUCACACUCUACAGAAUACCUAUACUGCACUUGACAUUCAUGUUGGCCAGUCAUAUUCUGUCUUGGUCACAGCCGAUCAACCUGCCAUGGAUUACUACAUGGUUGUUUCAUCACGCUUCACCAAACCAGUUCUCACAACCACAGCCGUUCUUCACUAUAGUAAUUCAUUUAAAGGAGUUUCUGGUGCCCUCCCUUGGGGUCCUACCGAUCAGAUUGCUUGGUCACUCAGCCAAGCCAGAUCUAUCAGGUGGAACCUGACAGCGAGUGGGCCAAGACCCAAUCCUCAAGGUUCCUACCAUUAUGGGUUGAUAAAACCUGCCCGUACAAUCAGGCUCGCAAACAGUGCACCUAUAAUUAAUCGCAUGCAGAGGUAUGCUGUCAACAGGGUGUCCUAUGUCCCAACUAGCACACCUUUAAAGCUUGCGGAUUACUUUAAGAUUGGAGGCAUCUUCAGUGUCGGAUCCAUUUCUGAUUACCCCACUGGUGGUGGUGCUUACCUCCAGACUUCUGUCAUGGGAGCCGAUUUCCGGUCAUUCGUUGAGAUUGUGUUUGAGAAUUAUGAAACUACUGUUCAGUCGUGGCAUAUCGAUGGUCAUUCAUUCUUCGUCGUGGGGAUGGAUGGAGGUCAAUGGGCGCCAGCCAGUAGAAAAGGUUACAAUUUGAGAGACACGGUUUCCAGAUGCACAACUCAGGUUUAUCCCAAGUCAUGGACUGCAAUUUAUAUGGCCUUGGACAAUGUAGGGAUGUGGAACAUAAGAUCUGAGGACUGGGCUAGACAAUAUUUAGGUCAACAAUUUUAUCUCCGCGUCUUCUCUCCAGCGAAUUCAUGGAGGGAUGAGUACCCAAUCCCAAAGAAUGCUCUUCUUUGUGGUAAAGCUGCUGGUCGGCACACUAGGCCUUUCUAAUCUUGUUUAGACAACAUGUAGCAAGGAAUUCUGUCACGAAAGGGUGUCAGGUUCUUUAUAUAGGAGGCAAUGUUACAUUGCAUUAUUUCUUACUUCAGUGCACGCGGCUCAACUUGAGCACCUAUUACAUACAUUAUUUCUCUGCAAUAAUUUUUAUAGGCUUACAUUGCAUUAUUACUUGAUGCAUUUUGUAGUGCCUAUUCAUAUUCUUUUGCUCUAGGCAUUAUUUUAUACUUAGUCGCAUUCUUCAUUCUUGUAACUGGAUUCUAAUGUGAUAAAUAUUGAGCCGCUUGACAUUUCAAUUUA